GCCGUCGUCUCUGACUCUCGCGGUACUGCUGCACGAAGAUGGCGGCCGAACUGGUGGAAGCGAUGAACAUGGUCAAAAGUUUCCGGGUCUCAGACCUGCAGACGCUGCUGGCCUCAAUGGGUCGCAGCAAAAGUGGGCUGAAGCAGGACCUGGUGGGGCGUGCGUUGAGGCUGGUGCAGACCGAGUACAGCCCUGAGCUGCUGAAGAAUGUCAGGCAGCUCUAUGAGUCACGUUUCCCCAAAACAUCUGGUUGGCUGGCGGCAAGGCGUCCAGAGGGCGUCCCAGUUCCCUACUCAUCCCUCAGCUCUUCCCCCACUGCCACCUCUCAGGGCGCAGACUACCUCAACGGCAUUUCCAAACCAAUCCCCACACCCGCAGCAGAGGUCAAGCUGGUACCACUGCCCUUCUACCAAACUUUGGAGACGCUGCUGCCACCAACAGAGCUAAUUGCCCAGAACAAUGAGAAACUGCAGGACAGUCAAUGCAUCUUUGAGUUAACACCGAACCAAGCAGACCAGAUCAGAAACGCAAGUGAGCUUCGUCCAGGAAUACGAUCGAUCCAAGUGGUUCUUAGAAUCUGUUACACAGACUCCAUUGGUGUUCAGGAGGACCAGUAUCCUCCCAACAUUGCUGUCAAAGUUAACCAAUCCUACUGUCAUGUGCCGGGAUACUACCCCUCUAAUAAGCCUGGUGUUGAGCCCCGUCGUCCCUGUCGUCCCGUAAACAUCACUCCCUGGUUGCAUCUCUCCAAUGUCACCAACAGAGUCACCAUCACCUGGGGAAACUUUGGCAAGCGGUACUCGGUGGCAGUUUAUUUAGUGAGGGUCUUCACUGCAGCAGACCUCUUCAGCCAACUCAAGCUCUGCUCUGUUGAGAGUGCAGAACGCUGUCGUGAACGCAUCCAAGACAAACUACGUUUUGACCCAGAAAGCGAAAUUGCAACCACAGGCCUCCGAGUUUCUCUCAUCUGUCCACUGGUGAAGAUGCGGCUCGGUGUGCCCUGCCGAGUGUUAACUUGUGCUCAUCUCCAGUGUUUCGACGCAGUCUUCUUCCUGCAGAUGAAUGAGAAGAAGCCCACAUGGACUUGCCCUGUCUGUGACAAACCAGCUCCAUUUGAGCUGCUCACCAUCGAUGGGCUGUUAUCUGAGAUUCUGAAAGAGACAAGUGAGGACAUUGAGGAGAUUGAGUACUUAACAGACGGCUCCUGGCGACCCAUCAGAGAUGACAAGGAAAGGGACAGAGAAAGAGAACGCAGCAACACACCAGAGUACCCUGUUGUUGAUAUAUGCAUUCCUGAAGCAAACGGUCAUUCACCGGCCCACAGCAGCACCAGUCUGACGGGCAAAUCUGGAAGCGGUUCGGCGGGGAUGGCGGGAGUCACGGGAGGACCUGCCGUGGCGCCGGGAGGAGGAGUGGUGGUAGAUCUGACUCUGGACUCGUCCUCUGAGGAGGAGGGGGGCGGGGCUGGAGGAGACAGUGAGGACACUGAGGACAGCGCCGACAGUCCUGCCCCGAAGAGGGGCCGAUACAACUACGACAAGGACCUCGUCACUGCCUACUGACCCUGCAACUCUGUCCCCUCACAGACUGACACACACACACACACACACACAGAGAGGCAGGGGGCUUAAAACUUGAGGACAGGAACACAGUAAUCCAUCAGAUGCAACAACCUUCCCUCAUGCCCAAAUCAUCAGAGCCUUUUAGCAGCUCUGGUUUAUAUCCAGACAAGACAAACACACCUUCAAACAUGCACUGUUAAUGAAUCUUCAGUCCAGAGUGAUAUGAAUUCCUCUUUGUACUGUGCACCACUGGAAGCAACUCUAACUCCUUCUGGCCAAUCGUCACCUUGCAGUGAACAUCUGUACUGUCCUCCCUCUGCUACAGAGACCGAAUGGAUCGAGCACCACACCACCACCACCACCCUUGCUUCUCUCUUUCCAGACUAUUUCCUCUCUAACCCCCUCAUCUCUCUUUGUAUAUGACUUGGAAUUGCAGGCUCCUUUUAGCCAUGGGCGUUCAAUGUUUGCGAUUUUUGUCACAUUUGUGAUAACAGGCGAGUUGAAAAUGGAGGCUCCUCAGUAGUUUUUUUUUUUUUUUUUUUAGUUCGAAGGUGAAAAACAACAAAUGAAAAGGCAUGAAUAAUUUAGGGGAGGACACGGCAGCAAUACCUGGAGUGUGAUGCAAAUUCAAGCCUCUGCUAUUGUGUUCUUUGUUCACAGAAUGAAUUCAAAGCUUGAAAAGAUUAUUUUUUUUGGGAUUUUGUUUGUUUUUUUUUUCAUGAAUCUAUCCUUUUAAUUUUGAAAAGGCAGAACACAAUACUGGCCUCAAUGUGUGAUGCUUUCCAUUUUUAUUUUGUCCUUAGAUAAAGAGAACCUACCUCAGUCAUAAAAACUUGGCAGACUGACCAGAGAGUAGCUUUGAAAGAAGCAGAGGACAGAAGAAUUGACGAGUCUUUCUGAAGCCAAUUUUACACUGGAGAUUAUUUUCCUGCAUUUUUGUUUCUUUUUUUUUUUUUUUUAAUUCCAUUGUUCCAUGCAGCUCUGUCCCCAGUGCAGCAACAAAAUCUUUGGUUGAAGGUGAGUUAGUUUGUGGAUCGCCGGGCUGGCUGUAGGUGUGACUGAUGCUGAAACUUAUGGGUGGUCUGUGAAAACGAUACUGCAUUUGUAUCUGUAACAGGAUUUGGUUGGAGUUGAUUUUUCAGAGUUCCGUGUGGUCGAAUCAUCAAAUUUACUGUACGGCAGCUGUGCCGAAGCAGAUGUAUUUUAAGAAGUCACAGACAGGAAAUGGUUUUGAGGUUCUGGUGCCUUUUUUGUUAAGUGGUGAAGAUUGGAGCCCAUUGUUUUCAGGCCAGUUGAGCUGGCUGGUCGAGGAGAACCCAGUCUGAGAGAAGGUGUUUUAUUCCAUUUAUGAAUUUCAAGUCAGAGAAAUGGACAGAAGAACAUUAUUAGAAGUGCUGUAAUCCUUUUAUCCCAUAUUGUGUUUCUGCUUUGAAAGAAUUUAUUUAUUUGCUUCACAUUCUCUAACAGUUGUUUCUGGUAAAUCUACAUAAUAUUUGGCUGUAGUUUUGUACAGACCGUAGUAGCUGUUGAUCGCAGGAAUCAGGACACCUCUGCUGCUGGGAUUUUGGGUGUAGACAUGUAAUUGAUCCAGGCUCAUGGCUCUGCUUUUGAUGAUCGCUGCUUUUCUUUUCCCUCUGAAUGAAUCCGGCCUGGGUCAGAGCGCCAUUCAGAGUACUUUGCUGUGGUGGGAUUGGACACGUCUGACGCAAUGAAACUUAAUGAAAUGUCAGUUAGUGCAACCACACCAAGUUCAAAGUCAUCGAUUGGGUUACAAAUGGUCCCGCCUGGAGCAAGCAGAGUUGCUUCGUCCAGCAAACCCCCUCUCUGCCUCCUCUCAAUGUAGAUAAGGUCAUAUCUAUUUGCUGGAAUAGAAUUGGACUUUAAUUGCUACAUGCUGUAGGCUUACAACUAAUAUUCCUCUGCACCGGCACUAAUACCGUCAGUAUGCGAUGGCUACUCCUCAGAUAGGGAGAGUUGGGAUGUGCAGGCUUUAGAUUCGUCUGCAGGGAGAUCAUCAGCAUUUGUGUGGUGAUAAGAAAAGGUGUUGUCGUGUUGAUAGAGCUGUUUGCACUUUCAUCUGAUACCAUCCCGACUUUAUGGCUUAUUUAUUUGAAAGCCCUCUUGUAGUGAGUAUUAAUCGAGGAUCUCUGACCGCUGCGACCGGUUCAUCUUGUGCAUAAGAAUCAGAAAAUGUGAAACCUUCUUCACUGUGUGACACCUGGAGGGCGUUGGGGAGGAGUUCUGCAUGGCGUGCUUCCCUCCAUCACCAUCCUUUUUGUUGCGGUUUGAUCGGCACGGGAUCGGCUUUUAUUUCGUUUUGCUCAGAUGCACAGAGAAAUGACUUUUACACAUUGAUCCAGGGCCUCACUGUUGCAAGCGCAUCCUCUGAUAGGGUCGACAGUUGAAAAAGUAGAUUGAGUCUAAUCUCGUCUUCCAUUUUUCUCCUUCUUUUGACAGCUUACAAAAUCGAUAUAUACAUAUGAAAAAAAAAAUUUGGGGAUCCACGCAAAAUUGAUUGAUGGCACUUUGCCGGUAAUACAUCAAAGUCUGACCCUGAAAAGGAUAUUCUAUACAAGGCGCUUUGAAGCAAAAUGUAAAGAACUCUAAUCCCUGCCUUUUGGGGGCGGUUUGUAUUUGUAAGUAACUGCUAUACAUAUGAAAAUGACAUUGUUCAUUUGUUGCUAGGUAUAGAAGGUCAUUAUUUCAGUGGAUCUCCUAAACUUCUCCUUAUCUUAUGGUUAAAGAUGAGAAGUGGUGCAGGUUGCUACUGUGGAACUGAGCCAGAUGAUAAGUUUGCAGGUUGUGUUGGAGCUUGACGGAGAGCUGAGGGUCUGGUCUUUUUGUAGUGGCAUCUCUUCUUCUUCUUCUAAUGCAUAAGGUAGCAUGGGCAGAGGCUUACAAUCCAUGAUGUAAAUGUUUUGUUUGUUGUGUUUUUUAUAUGUUCAUAUUAAAAGACAAUAAAAUUAAAAUAUUUUAUUAAGCCUUGAA